AUGUCAUCAUCAUCACUCUCUACUAUUGUAAAGUUAAAAGUUAAUGUUCAUCCCAAUGCAAAACAAUCUUCUGUAGUAUCUGUAAAUGAGCUUGCAGAUUCUGUAGAUAUAAGAAUUUCACAACCACCCACAGAGGGUAGAGCAAAUGAAGAGGUUAUUGAAUAUCUAUCAGAGCAACAAACUAAUGUUUAUGCUUUAGAUCCUGUCUAUCAAGAAAAGACAUAUUCAAGUAGAGCAAGGACACAAAAGUAG